AUGUCAAUCCUUCUUUCUUCUCUAACCACCACCUUACCCCGGAACCUCUCUCGAAACCUGUCUCUAAUGCAUCGUGCCUCAAGGAGGCGAAACACUCGGCCAGGUUCGAGUAAACUUGGGGUUGAUGACCUCAAAAGGAUGCUGGAAACGAUUCUGGGCCUCAUGGCACAAGAUGGGCACCAAACGGUUGGCGACCUCAAUUUGGAGUUCGCCCAUGCUGAAACUCUAUUCGGCAAGCUCAUCGACACCGACGACUGGGAGUCCAAGCUGGAAGAAAAGGAUCAAGGCUCAUCUGACAGGCAUGGAAGCCAUACCAGGAGGGCGAGGAAAAUUUUCAUCGCCAUGGACUCAACCCGCAACUCUCUCAACCAAUGGAUCGUCAUGGCUCAGAAAAUCCUCGAACAAGCCUAG